AUGGCCUUUGGAAUCCUCGAGGACAACGAGCUCGCCCAUGUGCCCGGCACCGCGCAGAUCGAAGACAAGUUGAGCGAUGGCCUCGACAUCCCCGAUGCCGCUGCUGCAAAUCUGAAGCACGCAAAGGGAAAAAAUAGUCAUAUCAUUCUAGUACCGCAGCCGUCUGACGAUCCAAACGAUCCUCUGAACUGGUCCAUCCUCCGUCGCGAUAUCCUCUUCCUCAUCCACUCCUUCGGUUACGUCAUCAACGUCGGAGUCUGCGGUCCCAUCCUUGCCGCUGGAACCCUGGUGGAAGCCGACGAUCUUGGCGUCACCAUCACCGACAUCGCGCUUCUCUCUGGAUACCAGCUUCUCGUCAUCGCAUGCUGUGGCCCGAUAGUCUCUGCGCUUAGUCGGAUCUUUGGCAAGCGGCCUCAGUUUGUCGCUGCCUCGAUUUUCGGACUCAUUGGCACUAUUGUCUGCUGCACUGCAAAUACAUAUAAUACUCUCUUGGCAGGACGGAUUAUCCAGGGUUUCGGAAACGUCGCCUACGAGAGUAUCGUCAUCUCUGUCAUUGGUGAUCUCUACUGUCUUCACGAACGUGGUCUGCGUCUCGCGGUCUUCAACUUCUGCUUUGGCGGAAUCAAUUGUUUCACCUCUGUUAUCUCCGGUCCUAUCGUCACAAACUUGGGAUGGCGCUGGCUAUUCUACAUCGACGUCAUCUUCGUUGCCCUGCAGUGCUUCCUCAUGUGCUUCUGCAGCACCGAAACAACCUAUAUCCGCGAUGCAAAGUAUGAGCUCGACGUCGCUGGCGAUGAAAUCUUUGACGAUAUGGAGAAAAUUGCUGCCGAGCACCUCGAAGGCGACUCCAAGCCUGCCGCUGAGACUGCUCCGACUACUACCGCAGACGCGGAGAAAGCUGUCCAGAACGGUUUAGAGAGUCCGAUCCCGGCAAAGAAGACGUAUUUGCAGUCUAUCAUGCCUUACCAUGGCCGUGUGUCCAACGAGAACCCUAUUAGGCUUAUUGUCCGUCCUUUCGCCGUCUUUCUAAAUCCAGGGAUGACUUGGAUCAUCCUGGCAAUGUCGAUUCCAAUCGCAUGGAUUGUCAAUAUCAAUUACUGCAUGUCGCAGCUUUACGGAGCUCCGCCAUACAACAUGACCGCUGAACGUCUCGGGUUCAUGUCCGCCGGCCCUUUGAUCGGCGGCUUCCUUGCCUCGCUCUUCUUCUUCGUGGUCAACAAUCCCAUGACCCUCUGGGUUUCCCGCAAGAACGGGGGCGUGUAUGAACCCGAGUUCAAGCUUCCUGUCGGCGUCAUCCUUGGAACGAUUUGCUUGACGAUCGGAUGCUUCGGUUUCGGCACCGCCUAUCGCAAUCGCGAAUCUGCUAUCGUCGCCGCGGUCAUGUACGGCUUUCUGUGCGCAGGCUCGACGACGAUGGCCAUCACCGCGAGUAACUACAUGAUUGACGCCUACCGAGAGUUUUCGGUCGAGGUCAUCAUCGCGACCAUGUCGCUCAAGAACUUUAUCUUUUACGGCUUUUCGUAUUUCUUCAACAACUGGGUCGCGAACUCGGGUCCCGAUAUCGUUUUUGAUGUGUUGGGAGCUAUCGCAAUUUUCACGUCGCUGAUCCUUAGUAUCCCGCUGUAUAUAUACGGUAAGAGAAUACGAAGCUGGUGGCAUCGCGCUAAGCUCUUGGAGAAGCUUAAACUUGCGUAA